CGGUCCUGCACGCUGGGGGUGCUCAGACAAUGUACUUACAAAUUACUUGGUUCAUGUGGAGCCUAUUUUAAGGCUUGACAGCUGGGAUGUGCACACGGGCAAGAACUCCCGGUCAAACCCAAUUUAGCUUUUCAGCAGAGCGCAUGGUAGGAUUUGUUGCUACUGCUUACUAAUUAUUCUGCUGGUAUUUCAUCAUGUCAGAUCCAUCCUCAUCACCUCCAGCUGGACAGAAACCUGCUCUAAAGUCCACUGUACCACCACAGAGCAGGUUUCAAGUGGACCCGGUUGCGGAGGCUGCGGCCGCGGCGAGCGGGGCUGCGAAAACCCCUCCAGCAACGAGGUCCUCCCGCGCAGGAAGUAGGGCGUCCGAGGGAACGACUGCCGGCGAGGAGGCAAAAGGUCGCUUUCGAGUGGUAAACUUUUUGGACCCCUCAGGCGCUCCUGCAGAUGCGUCUGACUUUGCUUUCAAUGGGGACACGGUGAGGAGCGAGGCCAGUCUGCAUUCUUCCACAGGAGGUCUCAGCCAUUUUUCUGACACCCAUAGCAGUACCUAUUAUUUGCGAACUUUCGGCCAUAAUACCAUCGAUGCAGUCCCAAACAUUGAUUUCUACCGGCAAACGGAGGCGCCUCUUGGGGAGAAACUUAUUCGGCCAUCACUGUCUGAACUUCAUGAUGAACUUGACAAAGAACCUUUUGAAGAUGGCUUCACAAAUGGAGAAGAGCCAGCUGGUGCAGAAGAGAUUGCACCUAAGGUUGUGUCCGAUUCAAAAGGGGGAACUGUGAAGUUUGGCUGGAUAAAGGGUGUCCUGGUACGAUGUAUGUUGAACAUCUGGGGAGUAAUGCUCUUCAUUCGUAUGUCAUGGAUUGUUGGGCAAGCAGGCAUUGCACUGUCCUGUGGUAUCAUUCUAAUAGCUGUUAUAGUGACUACUAUCACUGGUCUGUCCACAUCAGCCAUAGCCACUAAUGGCUUUGUGCGAGGAGGCGGGGCAUAUUACCUGAUAUCUAGGAGCCUGGGUCCAGAGUUUGGCGGCUCUAUCGGCCUUAUUUUUGCCUUUGCUAAUGCUGUCGCUGUCGCCAUGUACGUCGUGGGUUUUGCUGAAACUGUGGUAGAGCUUCUUGAUAGCAUAGAUGCUCUCAUGACGGAUGAAAUUAAUGACAUUCGGAUAAUUGGUACCCUCACCAUCAUCUUGCUCCUUGGUAUAUCUGUGGCAGGAAUGGAGUGGGAGGCAAAGGCUCAGAUCGUCUUGUUGAUCAUUCUGGUGGCAGCAAUCUUUAACUACACCAUUGGAUCAUUCAUCCCAAUGAAAUCAAAGGAACCCAAAGGAUUCUUUGGUUAUAAUGCUGCGAUAAUGAUGGAGAACAUGGGACCAGACUUUAGGGAUGAGGAGACAUUUUUCUCUGUUUUUGCUAUCUUUUUCCCAGCUGCAACAGGCAUUUUAGCGGGAGCCAAUAUUUCAGGAGAUCUAUCAGAUCCACAGUCUGCCAUUCCAAAAGGAACCCUCCUUGCUAUUCUCAUAACUGGGAUUGUUUAUGUUGCGGUUGCUAUCUCUAAUGGCUCUUGCAUUGUACGGGAUGCAACAGGUGAUGACAAUGACACCAUCAUAGGCCCUCUGGAGAACUGCACAGAUGCCGCCUGCACGCUUGGCUACGACUUCUCUAUCUGCAAGGAAGGGGGCUGCAAAUAUGGGCUGCAAAAUGAUUUCCAGGUGAUGAGCUUGGUGUCUGUAUUUGGUCCACUUAUCACUGCUGGGAUCUUUUCUGCCACACUUUCUUCAGCUCUUGCGUCUCUUGUCAGUGCUCCCAAAGUGUUUCAGGCUCUGUGUAAGGACAACAUUUACCCUGGCAUACGGGUUUUUGCAAAAGGAUAUGGCAAGAACAAUGAGCCGUUGCGUGGCUAUGUCCUCACAUUUGUCAUUGGUCUUGCCUUCAUUCUCAUAGCUGAGCUAAACAUUAUUGCUCCCAUCAUUUCCAACUUUUUCCUGGCCUCUUAUGCCUUGAUCAAUUUCUCUGUCUUCCAUGCAUCAUUGGCUAACUCUCCGGGUUGGCGUCCAAGUUUUAAAUACUACAAUAAGUGGGUGUCACUGGCGGGAGCUGUGCUUUGCUGUGUGGUUAUGUUUGUGAUCAACUGGUGGGCCGCCCUCCUUACCAAUGUCAUUGUUCUGGCACUCUACAUAUAUGUCAGCUAUAAGAAACCAGAUGUAAACUGGGGCUCAUCCACACAAGCUUUGAUGUAUAAUCAGGCCCUGUCACACUGUCUGCAUCUCACUGGAGUGGAGGACCAUAUCAAGAACUUCAGACCCCAAUGCCUUGUAAUGAUUGGCUACCCAAAUGCAAGACCAGCACUACUUCAUCUAGUGCAUGCUUUCACAAAAAACGUGGGUCUAAUGAUCUGUGGCCACGUCCGCAUGGCUUCCAGAAGGCCAAAUCAUAAGGAGAUGAUGAGUGACCAGGUGCGAUAUCAGCGUUGGCUUCUGAAGAAGAGGAUCAAAGCUUUUUAUACUCCUGUGUUUGCUGAGGACCUCAGACAAGGAGCCCAAUACCUAUUGCAGGCUGCUGGUUUGGGACGACUAAAGCCAAACACUUUGGUAUUUGGUUUUAAAAACAACUGGCCGGAUGGUGAUAUGAGAGAUGUGGAAACAUACAUUAACACAAUUCAUGAUGCAUUUGAUCUACAGUAUGGUGUGGUUAUCAUAAGACUGAAGGAGGGUCUAGACAUCUCCCAUAUUCCAGGCCAAGAUGAAUUUCUGUCAUCUUAUGAGAAGGCACCAGGAAUGAAGGAACUUUUGGUGGCUAUCAACAUUGGAAAAGACACUGAUAAAGAUUCCUCCAAACCAUCUUCUCAGUCCACCAGUUGUCAAAGCAGUCCACUGAUUAUCAGAGAUACCAAGAGUACUUCUCCGCAGCUUAGCAUUGUAGAUGAGAAGUUGCUGGCCGCCAGUCAGCAGUUUAAGAAGAAACAGCGCAAGGGCACUAUUGAUGUAUGGUGGCUGUUUGAUGAUGGGGGGUUGACCUUGCUGAUACCAUAUUUGCUAACCAACAAGAAAAAAUGGACAGAUUGCAAGAUCCGUGUAUUUAUUGGGGGGAAGAUAAACAGGAUAGAUCAUGAUCGUAGAGCAAUGGCUGCUUUACUGAGCAAGUUUAGAAUCGACUUUUCUGACAUCAAUGUACUUGGAGAUAUCAAUACGAAGCCAAAGAAACAUAAUAAAGAAAAAUUUGAGGAGAUGAUUGAGCCAUACAGACUAAAAGAGGACGACAUGGAGCAAGAGGCUGCCGAGAGGCUGAAAGCUGAAGAGCCAUGGAGGAUUACUGAUAAUGAACUGGAACUGUACAAGGCUAAGACAAACCGUCAAAUCAGGCUGAAUGAAUUGCUGAAGGAACACUCAAGCACAGCAAAUCUCAUUGUCAUGAGUAUGCCACUUGCCAGGAAGGGAACUGUGUCUAGCGCCCUCUAUAUGUGUUGGCUGGAAACAUUAUCUAAAGAUCUUCCACCAGUUCUGCUUGUAAGAGGAAAUCAUCAGAGUGUCCUAACCUUUUACUCAUAAAAGGCAUGUAAAGCAUUUUGGAAGUACAAGGACAGUACACUGUUACAAUCAGUACAGCUGUAUAGCAUCCUGCAUAGUGUUAUGUCUUGUGUUGUCAAAUCUUUGUUCAUUUCUUCAAAAGGAAAUGUGAAGCCAGAUGUGAAGUCGUACGUUGGUCAUUUUGGUGAUGUUUUAGGAAUUAACUUUUUUCCCUAGCUGAUGAGCAGGCCUUCUUGAAAUACAUGUAGCACUUCGACUUACAUGUGAAUUUAUAAAUGCUUCUAGAUAUUUAGCACACUGAUGCAAUUUUAAAUAUAUUUCAUUAUUCCCUCUAUCUGGAAUGCUUAUUGGAAUGUAGUCUACAUGCAUGUAAUCUGUUUAUUUUAACUGGUUAGGACUGUCAGCCUUUGCCUUCAAUGCCUUAUCUGUUUACACAUUCCUACAUUAAUGGUGUUUAAACUGUUGCUGUUAGAGUUUGCUGAGAGAUCCUCUGGGCUUUAUAUGCUUGUGUGACGCCAUCUGUUCUUAUGCUGUCAAAUAGAUAUUAUGGGUUUAACAAAUGCAAAGUAUUAACAGUAAAGUAUCAAUAUGUACCUUUUAACAUUCCAGCAAAGAACACUCCUUAAAGUAAGUUGGGUUUGGGAUAAUACAUUUAAACAAACCCUGAAGUGAUUAAAUAAACAGUUUACACUUUAACAAUA